GCCGCUUGCGAGUCACUAAGCUAGAUAAAUCCGAGUUAAUAUUCAGUUUCAUUUGAUGCCGCUUGAUUCCUUAUAGUGAGAUGUCUUGUACAUGCAAAUGUAGUAAUGCAAAUCAUUGGAAAUAAUUACAUUAUUCCCGGCAUUUACAUUCCCAGCGGAAUAUCAAGAUGUCUGGUUUAUUUAUAGUGUAGACUUUGAAUAUAAAUAGACAAACAUUUAUAUAGUAGAAGAACUAAUUAAGACAUAACAGAAAGUAUUUCAAUACCGAACCAAAUUAGGAAGUAAUAAAAUUUUGCGGUCAACCGCAAGAAGUGGACACUGAUUUAAUUAUGGCGUUACAGCGCAGCGGGGGUCCGACCGCGAAACACUUUGUCUUGUAUGUGAUGCACGUCCCUGCAUUAUACUGCAAUCGUAGUACGAAAAUGACGUGCAAAACUGCGAACUUUAUGACAAUGAAGUUCAGACAUCGUGGCGAACAUAUUAAGUAGAGGUGAAAAGAGGUGUGGGAAUACAUUACUGAACAAAAAAGUCCAGACAUGACCACGCGAAGAGAGAAGUUAUUGUUCACUCAGAAAAGGAUAAAAUAUCAGCAUCGCUAUUACGAAGCUCAAAGGAUAACAACUAUACAGCUAGAUGGCGUGCAAUACUUCAUCUCAAGGAUGAACCCGUACAGCCCGGAACUCAACUAUUUCCUCGCUUAUCAGUACUGCAGAUCAUUAGGAUUGCAGCUUGCGUCUUUCGAAACAAAGGAAAAGGCUGACUCCAUAACUACAUACCUUACUAAUGCCGGUUACAAUAAGUAUGACUUCUGGACAUCGGGCAACAAUUUAGGUACUGACAUGUAUCUUUGGAUGAGCACCGGUUUGCCGUUCAACGCGACAUUCAACUACAUGCGGCGGUUACCGAUGGACGCGCCCAGUCAGCACGCAGACGACAGCAUCGACCCUCUCGACGUGCCUCAGGGCAGCACCGCGCCACAGCGCACUGCCAGACACGGUCGGUAUUCCAGAACGGAGCACGUGAUGACGAACGGCUGCGUAUCUCUGAAGGCGCCGACCUUCCACUGGGAGCCCCAACACUGCGGCGAGAUCAAGGACUUCAUCUGCGAGCAGACGCGCUGCUACUACUACAACUACGGCUCCAUCCCCGUGUCCUCCGCGCAGGGGAAACCGCUGUCGAUGACGACGACGACGACCGCCCACCCUCUGACGUCGUCGUCGCCGCCACCGCCGCGCUCCGAACACCUGCCGACGCACUUCACCCUCAACGACCUCAUCGGCAAACUGCGCCCCACCUCCUUGGAUGGCCUGCAGUCGCCCCACAUCAAGAAACUCGGCAUCCUGCCGUCGUCACCACAGAUCGACUCGCAUUACUCGCGUGCGUCGGACGCUCACGCGCACGAGCCCGAGCCAGAGCAGAAGGAGGAGGCGACGCAGGGCCCGUACGACGAUGACGAGGGCAUGGCGGGUGACGACCCGGCCGCGUACCUCAGCCACGAGGCGGCCGCGCCCGAUGAGGCGCCCUCCACCGCCGAGCCGGACGCCACCGAGCACUCCGUCCACGCCAGCGGCAUGCUGGCACCCCCCGCCUACUAGUGUCCGGCCGAGCGGUCCGUUUGUAUCUUUUCGUGACAAUUAGGUAUUGAGUCUACCAAAAGUAUUAUUUCAAUAAUUUGAGGCAUUUAUACGUAAUUUUAAGGUGUUUUACUUUAGAAGCUUGCGUGUUGAGGGUGCACUGUACGCCUUGUUGUAUUGAUAUCACGUAAUGUAAAUGAGAUUUCUAGUAUCUUAAUAUUUUCCAGCUUAUACAUGAAUGAUUAUGGGGAUUUCGAAGGUAUAUUAUGGGGCAAUAUGAUUUAUUAAACUAGGUUGAAGGUGCUGGCGACUCGCUUGCGUGCGACUUGCCUCCGUCUUCGUAAUGUCGAAUAUCACAAAAUGAGUAUUCCACGUAUAGGUACCUAAACUUCGCUAAGUUAAAUAACGUAGAAGUAUCAGAUCUCCGGUAUUUUUGAUGAUAAACCGUAAAAUGUAUUAAUUUAAUGUAAGAAAAUUAAGUGAAUAUUGAUUGUCUGGACAUAUCAUUUGAAAUACAUAGUGGUUUAAGAUAGUGUUUAUAUACGUGACGUACCUAGUUAAGUAUAUUAAGUUGAAACUCAAGAAUUUAAAGAAUAGUGAUGUAGCGAAGUUAAUAAAGUUUAUACUUAUAAGA